AUGGACAAGAACGUGUAUGGCCCCGGCGAGGUGCCCCAGAUCCACUGCGAGAUCCGAAACCAGUCGUCCCGCGACGUCGUUGCGAUGCGGUCCGAGCUCGUCCGCGUCGUCGAGGUCCAUGCAGAUGGCCGGAACCGCGUCCUCCGUAAAACCAUUUGCUGCGCAACGUUCCCAGGCGUUCCCGCAGGGCAGUCGCUCUCGCAGCCGCAGUCGUUCCAGCUCAUCGGCAACGGCAUGUACCCAAGUACGCGAGGACAGAUCGUGUCGGCUCGCUACUGCGUCGAAGUGACGUGCGACAUUCAGUGGUGCCCGGACGUCGAGCUUCUCCUGCCGAUUGCUCUGGGGGCACCCCUCCUCGUCCCUGUCGGAGUGACGCCCACCCCGCUUCAGUAG